UAAUAAAAAUUAGAAUUUAUAAUUUUUUAUAACUCCAAAAUAUUAAUUUGCCAAUAUAGUCAUUAUGCCACACGGACAUUCUCAUGGAAAUGGUUGCUCACAUGAAGCAAGUGGAAUAAAUAAUCCUUUAGAAAUGGGAAUUGAAUAUAGUUUGUUCAAAAAAAUUGACUUGGAAAAUAUGGAAUGCUUAAAUGAGGAAAUUGAAAAUUCUGGAAAAUCUGUUUUCAAACCAUUUGAAAAGCGACUAGAUUUUACAGAGUAUGUUAAAAGUGAUGCUGAUGAAGAACUCUUAUUUAAUAUACCUUUUACUGGGAAUGUAAAAUUAAAAGGAAUUAUCAUAAUUGGAGAUGAUGAUGACACACACCCGUCAAAAGUUAGAUUAUUUAAGAAUAGACAAAAGAUGUCUUUCGAUGACACGACUUCAAGUGCUGAUCAAGAAUUUGAAUUAUCAAGGGAUACAAGCGGACAAAUAGAAUAUGCAACAAAAAUAGUAACUUUUGCUACUGUACAUCAUUUGAGUUUACAUUUCCCAUCAAAUUUUGGCUCAGAAUACACAAAAAUUAAUUAUAUCGGUUUACGUGGAGAAUUCACUGAAGCUCAUGACCAUGGUGUAACAAUUUGUAAUUAUGAAAUUCGGCCAAAUGUAUCUGACCAUAAAAAUAAUUUAUUUAAUCAAGUAAAUCAUCAAAUUCAGUAAAAUUUAGCAAUUAUAAAUAUGUACUGUGAUUUUGAUAUUAUAAAUCAUAAUUAAACAAACAAUUUUUAUAA